CCUCAAGGACACAGAUUCAUCUCAGCUCAGACCUCGAAGCUGGUGACCGAGGAGCCUGCUGCAGUCCCCAGGGGAAGGGCAGACAGCAGGCAGCUUGUUGAACCAUGGCCGUGAGCAGUGGAGCAGCGGGGCCAACACUGACCCAGGAAAUCCUCAGCCACCUGGGCCUUGCCAACAAGCCUGCAGCUUGGGGGACACUGGGCACUCUCAGGACCUUCUUGAGCUUCAGUGUGGACAAGGAUGUCCAGAGGCUACUGAGAGCCAUCGCAGGCCAGGCUGUGGACCAUAGUGCCAUCAUCGACGUGCUGACCAAUCGCAGCAGAGAGCAGAGGCAGCUCCUGUCCCGAGCUUUCCGGGAGCGCACUCAGCAGGACCUGCUGAAGACCCUGCAGGCGGCCCUCUCGGGAAACCUGGAGAGCGUCGUGGUGGCCCUGCUGCAGCCUACAGCGCAGGCUGAUGCCCAGCAACUGAGGGCGGCGUUGAAGGCCUCAGGCUCUGCUGAGGAUGUCGCCCUGGAAAUUCUUGCCACCCGAGCCCCGCCCCAGCUGCAGGAGUGUCUGACAGCCUACAAACACCGUUUCCAGGUGGAAGUUGAGGAGGACAUCAAGUCUGAGACCAGUAGCAUCUUGCAGGACCUGCUCCUCGCCCUGGCCAAGGGAGGUCGUGAGAACUACUGUGGCAUCACUGACUACAAUCUGGCAGAGCAAGAUGUCCAGGCGCUCCAGCAGGUAGAAGGGCCCGGCACAGAAGGUACAUGGGUCGUGAUCUUCACCCAGCGCAACCCAGAACACCUCAGGCGAGUGUUUGACCUGUACCAGUGGUGCACUGGGCAGGCGCUGGAGGAGGCUGUGAGAGACCGUUUCCAUGGAGAUGCCCAGGCAGCCCUGCUCAGCCUAGCCUCAGUGGCCAGGAACACGCCGCUGUACUUUGCUGACAAACUUCACCGGGGCCUCCAGGAAACGGAGCCCAAUUACCAAGUCUUGAUGCGCAUCCUUAUCUCUCGAUGUGAGAUCGACCUUCUAAGCAUCCGGGCUGAGUUCAAGAAGAAAUUCGGGAAGUCGCUCUAUUCUUCUCUCCAGAUAAAGGCUCUUUGUCAGCUUGAGUCCCAGCAGGAAGAUGGUGUGGGACAGAAUGUCACCCAUCUGCAGUGGCAUGCAGCAUGAAUGAGAAAUAAACAUUUGUCAUGGGAAACCAAAGGAUUUUAAGGAAGGAAAUGAACCAAGCCCACAAGGACUGCAGCCUUAUGAUCAAAGGUCCCUGAAUUUUUGAUGUCUAAAGAACAGAUUCUAUUUGCAUGUAAUUUGAUAUAUUGGAAGCCAGUCUCAAAAAAGGUUAAAAGUCAAGAAAUUCUGCAGUAGGUCUGGUCUCCAAACCUCUUUCCUCCCAGCCAGUCUACCUCCUAGCUCCCUAACCCCACCUCACCAAAGUGUGCCUCACUCACAGCCCAAGCUGUAGAAGUCUCCCCAGAGCCUCC